AUGGGGGCAGAGACCGGCUUGGAGGCCCCUGGCUGUUGCUUUGCUGUAAAGCGAUUCGUGCCAGGUGGGCGCGAGGGUGGAAGCGUUGAAGCCUGGUCGUUACUCGGCUGCCUAGGAGCCGCUGCCAUCUUAGUCCGCGGGUGCAAUGGGAUGGUACUAGCCAAGGGAAUGGCCCUGCUCCGCCUCGCAGGCCAGGACACGCAAGCAGUUUGCGGUUCGAUGGGCGCAGUUAGGGAUCUCCUCGAAGCCUCCCCGGUGAUGCACUUUCAAGUCAGAACGACCCGUUUGCCAACCCGGCAGAAUGAGUGCCUUCGACAGGAACGCUGGGUGCUGGAAGCAAAGCAGGCUCGGCGCAAAGCCUGGGAUGCAGAGGUAGCCGCCAUGCGUGAACGUGUUGCGCUGAUGGACUUGGAGCGGCGAGAGCGUGAGCUGGCGGCGCUCAGGCUCCAAUCGGCACUCAGAGGUCAGCUGGAGCGUCGCAAGUUGCGGAAGUCCGGCAAGCUUAUGGAGGACCGCCUCAAAGCCGCAGCGGAGGCCGAGAAGAAGAAGCUAGAAGAGGCAGCUCGGAGGCGGCAGGAGGCUCUUCGUGAGGCGGAGGAGCGAAAGCGCCAGCAGGAGGUCCUCAAAGCCCAGGAAGCAAUCCGUGACUUCGAGUUUCGCUGGAAGACGUACCAUGCCACGAAAAUACAGUCCAUGGUACGUGCUCGCAACGAUCGUCGAAAAGCUGCCGCUGAGAAGGCCAAGAAGGAGGCAGAGGCCAGCGAGCGGAGAGCAGCGGUGCGAAGGGAGGAAGAGCGAAUGAGGCGUGUGGAGGAGGAGAAGCGAGCGCAGGAAGCACUCCGAGCGCAGCAGAUGGGUGUCGGUGCAAUGCGGAAGCUCCUGGCAGAUAUGGAAGACCGUCGACUUGGCCAGUAUGUCAUCAAGCUGCAGGCACGGUGGCGCGGGCGCAUGGCUCGCAAGCGCUACGCGGAAGUGAAGGAGAUUCUGCGGCGUGAGAAGGCCAAGGUCCGAGACCUCAAGCGUGCACGGCACCUUGCGGAGUUCAGGGAACGGAAGCGUUUAGAGGAGCUCCGGCGCAAGGAGAGGCGCCAGCACGAGGUCUCAAAAUUCUCGAAGCGCCUACACGAUGUGGAAUUCAUACAGAAGACCCGUGCUGCGAGGCGCAUUCAGGGUGCCUACCGUGUUCGACGUGCAAAGCUUCAGCUGCGGAACCUCAAGCAUGAGCGUGACGAAAAGGAGUACUCUCAACGUGCGGCGGUCAAGCUCAAAAUCGAGCGCGAGCGGCAAGAGAAACUCAAAGAGCAGAAGGCAAAGGAAGCCGCUGCCAAGGCGAAGCUGCAGCGCGAGGUGCAGGGCUACCGGCACAAGGUCGAUGCCAUGGAGUUCCGCGCUCAGGAGCAGGCGGCGGUGCGCAUCCAGGCCAUCAUGAAGGGCUCCGUGCAGCGGCUCAGGUUUGCGACGGCCAGGAAGCUCGCCAAGGAAAAAUACGACAUGGAGCAGUCCAAGGCAAAGUUGGACAAGAAGAUGGCUGAGGAGUUGAGGAAGCUGGAAGAGCAGCAAAAGGCCAACCAGCUGAAGCUGGAGGAGGAGCAGCGCAAGAUGGAGGAAAAGUACAGGGUCGAGCGCGAGAAGGCAGAGCAGAAAAAAGAGGAGGAAAAGGCAAAGCUGGAGAAGAAAUUAGAGAAGGAAACAGAGCGUAUUGAAAAAGAACGUGUGAAGAUGGAGGAAGCAAUGCAGAGGGAACGCGAGAAGCUCGAACAGGAGCGAGAGGCACUGAUGGAGCAGAUGGACGGUGCUCUGCCGACUGGGCCACAAUCUUCAUCUCGGAGCAGAGGCCCCACCAUGCCCUACAAGUCCGUGGUGAAGGCGUCGAUGGAGACGCGCAAGGAGGAGCACAUUCUAGCCAAGGAGAAACAGCUCGAAGCGACCUUGAAGAAAUUGGCCGAAACCCAGGAAGCCGCCGCCGUCGCCGCUGCCGUCGCUGCACCGGCUCCUGGUGCCUUGCUGGAGGAGGCACGGCCUCCAAGCGUGGCGGCCUGUGUGGCUGCACAGGCCAACAAUGCACUGAAUCCCGGUGCCGCGCAGGCUGCCGUGGCAUCCUUCACUGCCAAACCACCAGUGGAGGAGUUGCGUCGGCAUACGGCUCCACCGACGGUUUUCCAGGCUGCAGACCAAUCACCGGGCCGGCCCCCCGCGGAGCUGUCCCACGCCGCGGCUGCUUCGAUGGUGCGACCACAGGACCUGGCAGCGGUGAGGUCAAACCAGUCUCCGCUGGCACCUGCUCUAGCUGCAGCCACUCCGGAGGCCUCCUUCGCCCACUCGAAGGCCUCAAUGAUGCCGGCCACUGUACGGGCUGGGUAUGGCGGGGUUUCCCCCUCGCAUGGAGGAGUUGCUGCCAGCCAGUUUCCGGCCGCACCCGCGCCCUCCGGGCCCACCUUGCCGCCUGAGGCGCUCUUUGAUCAGCUCGAUCGAAACCGAGACGGUGUUCUUUCGCGAAAGGAGUUUCUCCACAUCCAGGAGUUGCAGUCUCCAAGGGAUCAGCGGGCAGAGGAAGCCAUGCUUUGGCAGUCACCCUCGGAGGUGGCGAGCCCAACGGGCCUCUUCACCUUCGAGGACUUCCACAGCCGUCUGAACUCGGGCUUGCUGACCGAAGAGGCCUUGGUGAUGGAGAUCGACCGAAGGCAGCUGGAGCUUCAGGGUCUGCAUCACCAAUUGCUGAUUUGCCGGCAGUGCGAUGACAGAACCUCCAGCUUGAAGUCCCUGUUUGGUGCCCUGGCUGUCGUGACCGACAUGGCUGUGCAGCUCCAUCUUCCCCCUAUGGAAAAUGUGGACUAUUUGGUGGAUCCCAGCGAGCCACCACUGCCCGUGAUCCAUGACUACCUCCUACAGCUGGCAGACGUAGUGCAGAGUUGUGGGGAGGUGGAUCAGCGAUUUGGACAGCUGGCUGCUUACUCAAAGCAGAAAGCCACGAUGAUCCAGGCGCACCUCGCAUCAACGCCGGCGCCACCAGUGCCACAGGAGGUUGCCGUGGCAGCUCAUGCGCCUGCAAAGGAGGGCGACGCCAGCUCCAGCCAGCUUCCAUCCGAGGUGGCCACCGCCGUUGAACAGCCCGGGCAGGCCGCUGGAGACUGA